AUGCUUCCUCGUAUCGGAACGGCAGGGAGCAUCAACAUUGGACUCAGCGUUCUGCUGAUAGGAGGAGAGAAGCGGAGCGAAGUAGCUACAAGGGAGAUUACAACCCUAGCAGAAGCUACACGUUAUCCGGGACCAAUAGCGAAGUUAACGAACUCCAACGGAGGACGCGUUCACCAAGCACUAGGGAUAGGAGUGCAGAUGGAAACCAAACACAGUCGAUGGGAGAGAAGUUAUGGGGUGUCGCACGGAAUACAUGGGACCGUCUCAAAUCUGCCCGUCGCCGCUUCGCUUGUGACAGACGCUUACAUGAAGAUGAAGACGCGC